GAACUUCACUCUAUUUACCUCAUUGUUAUGGCUACAGUUUUAAAGCUGCUUCCACCGUGGCGAUUUGUCAGGUUUUCCAGGGCUACGCAAGUAACCAGCGUUCUCAGUGUUCAGCUUCACACCACCGGAGCAAUGACAGCGACCGUGGAGGAGUUUAACCAGGCCAAAGUUAAACUCGGCACACUGAGGAGUGAUCCAGGCAACGAGGUUAAACUUAAAAUCUACGCGCUCUUCAAACAGGCUACUCAAGGACCCUGCAACACCCCCAAACCAGGCAUGUUGGACUUUGUGAACAAGGCAAAAUGGGAUGCCUGGAAAUCCCUGGGUUCAGUGUCACAGGAGGAGGCCAGGAAGCAGUAUGUAGAGCUCAUCUCCUCCCUGGUGGCAGCUGAGGCCCCGGCUGAUGUGGGAGCUCAGCCCACUGGCAGUGCUGCCACAUUCCAGACCCUGCAGGUCACGACGGAGGACAACAUCACCACCAUCCGCCUGGACAGACCCCAGAAGAAAAACGCCAUCACCGUGGAGAUGUACAAUGAGCUUAUUGAAGCUCUGGAACUCGCCGGAAAAGAUGAUUCAGUCAUAACUGUGAUAACAGGAAAUGGAGACUACUAUUGCAGUGGUAAUGAUUUGAAUAACUUCACCAAAAUUCCUGAGGGGGGUAUUGAAAAGAUGGCAAAAGAUGCUGGGGAGUUGUUAAGGCGGUAUGUAAAAGCCUAUAUAGAUUUCCCCAAGCCACUUAUUGCGGUUGUGAACGGCCCAGCAGUUGGUGUAUCAGUGACAUUGCUUGGGCUUUUUGACGUGGUUUAUGCCACAGAGAAGGCGACCUUUCAUACCCCCUUCAGCCAGCUGGGUCAGAGUCCAGAGGGCUGUUCAUCUUAUACCUUCCCCAAAAUGAUGGGUGCCGCAAAGGCCAGUGAAAUGCUGCUGUUUAAUAAGAAACUGACAGCCACCCAGGCACGUGAACAGGGCCUGGUGACUGAGGUCUUUCCUGACACCAGUUUCCAGUCUGAGGUUUGGGCCAGACUCAAGGCUUAUGCCAAACUCCCCAGGAAUUCUCUAGCCCUGUCCAAACAGCUCAUCCGUGGCAUGGAGAGGGAGCGUCUCCACACCGUCAACGACCAGGAGGUGGAGAGGCUGGUUGAGCGCUGGCUUUCAGACGAGUGUAUGCAGGCCAUCAUGAGCUUCUUCCAGGCCAAGGCCAAACUGUGAGGUGCCAGUCUGAUCCUGGAGGACCAGCAGCUCCCACACUCUGUCUGGGCAGAGGACACAUGAUGUUAAAUCUUUUUUUUUUUUUUAAUCAGAAUAAAUAUAGUUUGGCCUCAGUUUGUUUUUAGGAGGCACAUUUGGGCUGUUUGACACCCCACAGUUGUAUACAACAUUCAUGUACAAAAGUCCGUAGAUCAGUUUGACAGCUUCAAAUAAACAGUCUUUUCAUUUUUAGAUGUAACACUGAAACAAAUAGCUGUGUUUAAAACCAUAACAGAAUUGUGAUGUUUUUUUCAGUACGUAACAGGUGAAAUAAGACUAUCAUAAGAGUAUCAUUGUGUUAUUUCACAGCAUUAAGAGAUAAGCUCAAAGACACAGUGCUAGCAUGCGGCUUUCUGCAGGAUCACACGUUUAAUAUGUUUUCUCAUACAAAGCAGAUGUAAAAACCUUGACAGUGCCUUACUUAAACUGUACUCAGAUCAGUGAAAUGGAAACAGAUCCCCUAAUGUUCUCAGACUAACAUUGAUUAGAGGACCAAUUGUGGACCGUCCCACUGCAUUUUGUUUCACUUGUGGUGAGGUUGUAAUGUGUUGUUGCACAGCCUUGUGGUUUUUCUGCCACACCUUAAAAAAACUUUAAUACACCAUUUGAAAAAAGUUGCCUUAAGGUAAUUCUUCUAGUUUUUUUGGCAUGACUUCUCUUCAUGUCCCGAUUAUGUCAAACAGUUUUUUUUGUUUUUGUCUCUUUUUGUUUUGUUUUGUUGGUUUUUUUUGAGGCAUGUAAUUUAAGACUUCAGAUACUGUUCAUUUCCUUUUUCAUACAUACGGCUCAAACAUCGCUGAUCAUGAAAUGCGAUGUAAAGCAAUGAGCAGCAUUGAUUUGAGCUGGCGGUACUGAGAACUGGAUGAAUAAAUUUGAUGCAGACAUGA